AUGGCAGUCGAUGAUGAUGGCACAGACUUGGACGCCGCUUUAGAAGCUUUGAUGUUGGAGUUCGAAGUUGCUGCAGAGUUACCUGUGGUGCUGCCUAGCUGUGAUAGCCAGUUGGCACUGUUGCCUGUCGAAGAUCAAGCUGCAUCGCCGCCUCCCAGCCGGCGGCGGCGUCUCUCGAUUGAUUGGGCGACCAAGGUCUCCUCUUGGGUGCUUCCACCCGGCGCCAGCAGCGCGGUUUCUACUUUGACAAGUCGCCAAAAGUCUGCCUUUCGUGAUCAAUGGUGUGUCCGCCUGUUGCGCCGCAUGCCCCAUUUGAAAGCCACCAGCUAUACUGACGGCCUUGCGCGAGCCAAAGAGUUGUGGCAGGAGCAGCCAUCUGAUCACAAAACCGGCUGGUUCUUGCACAUGGCAGAUAGCAGCCAUCCAGCACCGCCGUUCCCAGCAGAGAGCACGUUUGGUGACAGAUCUGGUGGCGCUAGCAGGCGUGGCGGGGGCACCGCUUCAUCUGCAGCAGGUCGUGCAACUUCUCAGAUGACGGAUGAACGGCUGCAUGGCUUUCUCUUGACUUACAAUGGCUCCUGGGGAGCUGGCACUCCAGAGGUGGAUGCUUUGGCCAUGAUGCAAGGCACCCACAAUGAAUUGGUUGCUGCAGUGCGACAGUCCGCCUUUUACGAAGCCUUGUGGCGUGAGUUUGUGACGGAACUGACUUUGAAAAGCAACCAGAAUUGGCCACAGCUUUCCUGCAAGAUGGAAUUGAGUUUGAAAAGAACAAAGCAACAGAAUUUGGUACAUUUUCAUGUGGCGCUGUCGAAUUUCGAGAAACCUCUGCGCCUUGGGGCUUUGCAGCUUUGGGAGUUUCGUGGGGCCUUGCCACAUGUACGUGGCACCAAAGGGCGGGGCAAAGCAUUGCAGCGGCAGCUCGAUGCAGCCCAUUAUUAUGUGCAAGCUCCAAAGUUUGGGUCGGUCUUCUGUGAGAGUACCUAUGUGCGGUUUCAAGACUUUCUCGUGGAAGCCACCUCCAUUAUGUCUUUGUGGCGUUUCUACAAGCUGUCUGACGAGGUUGCUAUUGAGGAGUUGUUGCGGGGCCGUGUUCGAGGCAUCCGGAACCACAUUGCCGAGAUUUCCUUUGUGCAGGAGCAACUGAAACAGAGGCGCGAGGCAGCCAUGCGAGAGGUCCUGGAAGUGCGUUUGUCCCAGUUGCAAAAGCCGGCACGUUGCUUGCCCGCAGUGACAGAGUGGCCGCAACUUUACACUGAUGGGUUUGGCUCUCGCUCCAGAUUUCCUUUCCUGGUUUUGCAUGGACCUUCGCAAUAUGGGAAGACGUCCUUUGCUGUGUCCAUCUUUGGACCAGCUGCCACGCUUGUUGUUAGCUGCCAAAACGUGCAGCAACCCAAUUUGACGCGAUUUGACAGAACUUUGCACAAGUGCCUCGUCUUCGACGAGUGUGAGCCAGAGCUGGUGCUCAAUAACCGGCAGCUCUUUCAAGCCGGCUCCACGCCGGUCAUGCUUGGACAGUCACCGACACAGCAACAUGCUUAUCAAAUCUUUGCGUAUGCUAUUCCCAUGAUUGUCUGCACCAAUAUUUGGUCGCGUGAAGCCGACCCGCCCCACCGCACCUCGCUUGUCUUCUACGUCGGCAUGCUCUCCUCCGUGGACACGUUCUUCUCCGUGGACCUGCUCUUCCGUGGACUUGCUCUUCGUCGUGGAGGAAAUUUCGCCUGCCGCAUUGUCUUCGGGUUCCGGCAGAAGCAGCAAUGGUUUGCAGUUUUGGAGGACUGCUACUGUGGGAUUGAAUUGCCGCCCGCGGGCAGUGCUGUGGGGAAGCAAUUUGAAACUGAAGCUGCUAUGGGUUGCAUGAUUGAGAUGCCUUUGAGUGAAGCAAAGCAAAAAUUUGGGGAUCGGCUGGCCCUAGCGUCCUUAGGAUUACAGGCGUGCAAGACAGACGUGCGCCCAGAUCAUAUUUGGAUUAAUACUGUCGGAACAUUCGGCAUUGGGAGCGCGGCAUACCAUUGGAGUAGGCUCAUGUCUGGGGUGGGUAGAGCUGCGUACUACCUGCUGGGGCAGAGCGAGCUAUUCAUUCUUGUUUACGUUGACGAUUUGCUUUGGAUCACGCGCGAUAAAGUCGGAAUUGAGAAGAUUAUCUUGACCAUUUACUUCAUGACCAUUGUUGGCUUGCCGUUUGCAUGGAAGAAGUUUCAAGGAGGUGUGGACCUGGCCUGGGUUGGUUUCGAGUUAUGCUUGAAAGGAAGUAAGCUCGGCUUGUCGUUGGCGCAAUCGCAAUGGUUGGUGAAGUGGCUCAGUGACACAGCAGAUUUGGGUCGAGUGCGUAUAGCGGAUAUGUCUGCAGUAUUGGGCCGUCUUUCUUUUGGCUUGACUGCGCUGGGACACUUGAGGCCGUUUUUGGGGCCAGUGUACGCAUGGACGGCAGCAAUGACGCGAAAGGUUAUCACAGGUAACCUGCCCAAGGCGAUCAUCUUGAUCUUUAAGUUCCUGGCAAAGGCAUUAGCAGACGGUGGGCGCCUGGCAUCUGUGCCACCAGCCCCGGGAGACCAGGUGGAACUGUUUCGGACAGAUGCCCGCGCAGAAGGAAAUGAGAUUUGGAUUGGCGGCUGGGCUAUGGAUAGCACGGACACAAAACGCUGUAGAUGGUUUUCUGAAAAAUUGGAUCACGUAUCUACGCCUUGGCUUUUUACUGCAGGUGAAAGCUACAGACAGAUUGCUUCGCUUGAGCUGCUAGCCUCGUUAGCUGCGGUUGUCGUCUUCAGGGUGCCAGUGCAAAUGCGGGGCAGAAUCCAUUGUUCGGCUGGGACCGACAACAAAGGAAAUAGCCAUGUGGUUGCAAGGUUGCUCACAACCAGAUUCCCCCUUGCUGCGUUUUUGAUGGAGCUGGCUAUGCAGUUGCAAAUGGUUGGCGCGAACCUCGAGUUGUACUGGCUGCCGCGGCUUCAAAACCAGGAAACUGAUGCGCUCACAAACAACGAUCUGACUAGAUUUGAUGAGCAGCUGCGGCAAAGGUUUGACUUGGCCUCAUUCAAAGGACUGGUCUUGUCAGACAUGCUAGCUUGCGGAACAGAGCUGUAUGAAGAGAUUAAGGUGGCGCGACAGCGCAAAGCAGUACAACAUGCGCAACGUGGACGAAAGUCGGACGCGCUUAAAGUGGCGCAGCCCUGGGGUUGA